AUUUUGCGGGAUGGGUCGAGAGCUUUUUUAGUGGCACACUCCUCCAACAAUAAAGACUGAGGCAGUCAUUGCUGGCAGUAUUUGUGCUGUGUCUGAGUGCAGUGGUGGGUCAGAGGCCGGGACGGAGCAGCAGCCAUGGAUGACGUCUAUAAAGCAGCGGUUGAGAACUUGACAGAGGAGCAGAAAAAUGAGUUCAAGGCUGCGUUUGACAUCUUCAUCCAGGAUGCAGAAGAUGGCUGCAUCAGCACCAAAGAGUUGGGGAAGGUGAUGAGGAUGCUGGGACAGAAUCCCACCCCAGAAGAGUUACAGGAGAUGAUCGAUGAGGUGGAUGAGGACGGCAGUGGCACAGUCGACUUUGAUGAGUUCUUGGUGAUGAUGGUCCGCUGCAUGAAGGAGGAGAGCAAAGGAAAAUCAGAGGAGGAGUUGGCUGAACUGUUCCGCAUGUUUGACAAGAACGGAGAUGGCUACAUAGAUCUAGAAGAGCUGAAGGCCAUGCUGGAGUCCACUGGAGAGGCCAUCACAGAAGACGACAUCGAAGAGCUGAUGAAGGAUGGAGACAAAAACAAUGAUGGAAAAAUUGAUUAUGACGAGUUCCUUGAGUUCAUGAAAGGUGUUGAAUAAACGAUCCAGCUGCAGCAUCUUCCAUUCCUGCAGAGAUGCCUCCACCUUGUGUCCACGUCUAACAUUACAAACUGUCAUGUCACUUGUUCUCAAACAACCCCACACAGGCCCUGAAAGGUUUGCAAAGUGAUCUUAUUGACUGCAAAUAUCUUCAUUUCUAAGAGCGAUGAUGAAUCAAAAUGUCAUAUAUAAAGACUAUUUUCAUUAAAAAGAUUUUCAUAAUUGCA